AUGCGACUGAUGAGAUAUCUCGAACAGUUUCCUUUCCCAACGGGCUCCUCUAACGUGAUCAUAUACAAAGACAAUCAAGAGGUAAAUGUGUUCAAAACUGUGUGCUCACGUUUAUCGCGUGAAAACUCGGUGCUAACGAACGCGGAGGCAUCUGCCCUCGUUCACGUGAUUUCGCUUGACAAUGCCAGGGAGACAAAAUCAGGUUUCCGCGAGGGUAGAUGCUCAUCUAGUUUCCGCUCGUCUCUCCAUAUUGAGACGGAAUUUAGUGAAGAUGUUCCUCGUAGUCGUAUAGUCUCCCGUUACGCUGCUUCUAUGAUGCCGCAUCAUGUUUCCACAUCCUCUACAAAUUCAAGUUGUUCUUACGUAGAUUAUCCGCAGUCAGUUCCGGUGGCAAUAGAAGGAUUACCAGAAGACAUUGACACAAUUGAACUCCCUGGCUUGAGAAAGAUUCCAGAUGUGGAAAGCAUUCCGAAUGAAAUGUGUUACACAGUUAGAGAUGAAGCGAUUGACCCAAUUGAAUUACCUGAUUUCACGGAGCUAUGUGCAGAUCAACUACAGGGUUCACCGCUUUACACCACCAGUGUGUCUUCUUAUAAAACCGCCCACACUUCAACUCUUCAAGCAGGACUGCAUGAA